AUGUCAUUGGAACAAACUCACCUUAAAUCUAACCGAUACUCACCUUCUACCGGAAUUAUGGAGCGAGCAAAUCGUCGUAAAUCUACUUCUAAAUCAAGUCAUAAAGCGACUCACAAAGCUUCAAAAAACACUCCAAAAAGUGAACCACCUCAAAUGUCAUCAUUUGAUAUAUCAAUUUCAAGUAUUCCAAGUGAAUAUCCUGUCAAUACUUUAAAUAUAGCUCAAAAACCACCAUUAAACGAUCAGAAUCAACCUAAUUCUUCAUAUCCAAGUCUCAGCCACUUUACUAUGUCCAGUUAUAGUACUGAAGACGGUAAUGCUUGGAAUACUGAAAAUACUGAACCUCAAUCAUCUGAAAAUAUUUCUAUGAAAUCUUCUUCGACUGAAGAUAAUUACCCAAAUAUGUUGAUUAUCAAUUCGGAGGGAUCUUCUCUUGGUGGACAAUCACGAGAAUCUUCUAAUAUAUCUAAUAUAUCACUUAAUAUAACUCCUUAUGUAACACCUUGUAUAUCAAGAGAUGUAUCAUUUAGUAGAACUGAAUCUGGUUUAUCUAUCCAUAGUAGUAUAAUUAGCCAAUCACGUAGUUCCUCACCUUUUAUACAUUCAGAAUCUCAUUCUCCUUAUCAAUCAUCAUAUGAAACCGUAAAUGAAGAUAGUGAUUAUUGGGAUGAUAGUCAACCUGAAAAUAAAGAAGAUGAUGACGAUGACAGUGGAUAUGAAAUGAGACCGAUUUCUGGAAUCGAUGAUAAUUCUGGUGAUGUAAUUGAACAGAUUGAACAAGAUCAACAACAAACGACGCAAAAUGAAGAUCAGAUCCCAGAAAUGAAUGAAAGUUACUUCCACCAUAUUUGGAAUGCUAUUAAAAUAUCGAUAAAUUGGAUCAUUGGCAGAUUAGGAUUAGGAUAUAUUAUUGAACCUUUUAGAACUAGUGCACGUGGAAGUAGUACUGAAAUAAGCAGAUUUCGGAAUUUCAUGUCUGAAUUUGUAAAUAAUUCUAUUAGGGUAAUGUGUGGAAAUCAAACACCGGAAAUAAUAAAUUUUGAUUUAAUAAGUGAUAACGGUAAUAUUGGACUUGAACACAAUGAUGCUUUAAUUAAAUCAGCUGUUGCUGACAAAGUUAAAACAUUAUGUGCCGCUGAAGUUCAAAAGAGAAUUCCUCCACAAAAUCAGGAAAUGGUUAAUUAUCGUGCAAACGUAUUUCCUGAUGAAAAUGUGGUCGUUAUGGUUAGACAAGAAAUUCAAAGAGCCGUGGAAGAGAUGUUAUAUACUUAUUCUCAAGACAAAUUAAAUAAAGCUGAUUUUGCAUUAUCUUCGGGUGGAGCUAAAAUAUUAAGCAGCUUAACAUCUCCAACCUAUGAACAAUGGCCAACACAAUGGUAUAAAAUAAUGUUGGCUUCUACAAUUGGUCAUGGAAUUACGAGAGGUAAACCUCCUGUUACAGCAAUCCAACCUGAUACUCACGUUGGACAAUGUUGGCCUUUUACCGGCCAAGAAGGUCAAUUAGCUAUAUUAUUGAGCAGAGAAAUUUAUGUGACUGCAGUAACUUAUGAUCAUGUAAGCAUAAACGUUGCUAUGGGCUUAACUAGUGCACCAAAAGAGUUUGAUGUUUACGGAAUCGUUAAUAGUGAUUAUUUGAAAGUAAAAAGGAAUGAAAAGGCUUUUAAUAAUGAAGAAGAAUUAUUUUCAGAACAAAAUAAUAAAGACACAAAAGAAAAUAUAUUUAAUAAUGAUUUUGAUGAUGAAUCAGAUUCAAAUAUUAUUUUGGAUUCAAGUAAUUCGAAUAUCAAAGGUGAUAUUGAUAGUGGUGAUGGUGAAUUAAAGCUUGGAUCAUCAUCAAAAUAUGAAGUACUUUUGGGUCGAUUUGUUUAUGACGUUAAUGGUCCGCCAAUACAAACUUUUGAUGUGAAUAAAGUUGACAAACCUAUAAUAGCAGUUAUUCUAAAGGUGAGAAAUAAUUGGGAUAAUCCCAAAUAUACUUGUUUAUACCGAUUCCGUGUCCACGGUGAACGUGCCGACUUGAAAAAAGAUUAA